AUGGAGAACGAUGACACCAACGUGCGCAUGGCAAAGAUGGAGGACCAGCUGGCCCAACUCACCGCAAUGAUGCUUGAAAUAAGCCAGAAGCUUAAGGAGCCCCCCGCUGUAGCUGUCACUGGAACAUCCACUCCUACGUUAUCAGGACAUGCUUCCCCGUCGACGGGAGGUACGCACGUUGCUGAUCUCCCUAAGAAAGAAAUUGCCGGAGAAGCUCAUUCUACCACGCCAAUCAUCGUCAAUUUGGAUCCUCCUCCGAAGGAAAACCCAACACCUCGCCUAAGUGACGAGAGUGAAAAACGUUUGGCAAAGAUGGAAGAGCGACUAUGUGUCUUGCAAGGUUAUGAGUUGAAAGGAGCUGAUAGGUUAUCUCCAUACACCAUGAUGAGCUUUCCUGAGAAUUUCCAGGAGCCUGAGUUCACAAGAAAGUAUGACGGAACGGGAUGCCCAAGGACCCACCUUAGGUAUUACAUGAGAAAAAUGGCUCGCUACGCUGACAACGUGCCAUUCCUCAUACACACAUUCCAAGAUAGUUUGGAAGGCAUUGCCUUGACAUGGUUCAUUGCACUAGACAUUGAAGAAUUCACUAGUUGGGACGACUUAACCAAUGAGUUCUUGCAGCAAUACCGGUUUAACACCGAGCUUGCCCCCACGAGGGAAGAGUUAACUCGUGUUGAGAAGAAGAGGAAUGAGUCAUUCAAGGCCUUCGCGCAAAGGUGGAGGACCAUGGCCUCGCAAGUGAAGCCGGCCUUGAAUGAGAGGGAGAUGAAGCAGUUGUUCCUCAAGACAUUGCCCUUUGAAUACUUCCAAGGGUUAGUAUUCUCGGGUUGCCAAACAUUUUCACAGCUAGUUGAGGUAGGUGAAGGAGUUGAAUGGGCAAUGGUUGAGGGAAAGAUUUCAACCGGAGGCGCGAAGAAAUUCCCAGCAAGAAAAGAUAAGGAGGCCGCAAUUGAAGUAGCGCUUGUGCAAGAGCCCCAUUUCCCUCGGCCAACCGCAACACCCGCGCACAAGCCUACGAUGGUUCCAGGUAGUUCAUCACAAGCAUACGAUAAUGGCAAGAGGCCGUUUCGAAAGGGGUUUUCUCCACUACCACGCCCGCUGUCAAAGUUAUUGCCCAUGCUUCUUGAAAAGAGGAUGGUCGCAAAGGAGGUGCCUAGAGAUAACCCCCCGAGGUUCGCCGGUUUCGAUAUAACCAAGACCUGUGAAUACCACAUGGGUGAAAUGGGGCAUGAUGUAGAUAAUUGUCACAUGCAAAGAUACAAAGUUCAACAGCUUCUAGACAAGAACAUUUUGACUUUCAGGGAAGCUCAGCCCAACGUGCAACAGAACCCUCUACCAAAUCAUGUAGGGGGAGUGAACUCAAUUUCCGAGGACACACGGGCGAGUCAGCAACCUCUAGUAUUGGAUGCUUUUGAGUUGUAUGAAUCCCUAGUGCUAGCGGGAUACUAUGAAGGCCAGGAGGAUGUGACCCUAGAAGAGAAAUUGAACCGCGUCCGUAGGAUGAUAACCAUGGGAGUAAUCAGACGCGGAGAAGAGGAAGAGAAUGUUGUAUCCGUGACAAUGCCAUCAUCAUUCCGCUCAUCUUUCUUCAACUUUGUUGGUAUGUCUCGGGCGAGGAAGGUUAUGCAUGGAAUUUCGAAGACCCCAACUUUAUACGAGGAAGGGUUGAUAGCUAUGAUUACCCCGAUGGUGAUUGAAUUGUCCGAUGAGGAGCUCGCAGGCGAUAUCAGGCUGGAAAUUGUUGAACCCACAGUGAUCGACCUUAUGGUCGAAGAGAUGUCAACAAUCGAAGUCACGGGAGGACCCACAAUGCCGGUCACGAUUGAAUUGCCUCCCCAGGAGGAAGACAGAAUGGUAAUGCUGGAGUAUCCUCCCAAAUUCGAUUCCAAAGCUGUACCUUGGGGUUACGGAACAAAUGAGGUAGAUGCUGUCACGCGAUCAGGCCGCUGUUACGCACCUGAUAAGGGAAUAGAAAAGAAGGUCGUGACCGAGGAGGAGGCAAAGCAAUUUUUGGCUGUAGUAAAGUCUAGUGAGUUCAACGUGGUGGAUCAAUUGCGGAAGUUGCCGGCUCAAAUCUCCCUCCUGGAAUUAUUCAAAUCUUUUGAGAAGCAUAGGGACAUCUUGCUAAAAGUCCUUAACGAGGUGCAUGUGCGAGAGUCAAUUGAUGAAGUCCAAUUGGAGGAGUUCGUUGGGGCCGUUCUAUUAAAAAACCAAAUUUCCUUUACUGAUGAAGAUCUCCCCCCCGAUGGUCCUAAUCAUACCAAAGCGCUACAUAUCUCGGUGAAACAUGAAAGUACUCUUGUUUGCAGAGUAUUGAUUGAUAACGGUUCGGCACUCAAUAUAUGCCCGUUGGCUACUCUCCACUGUCUUGGCAUUGAUCUUGGGAGAAUCCAUACUGACAAGUCGACUGUGCGGGCUUUUGAUGGGAUGAAGAAGGAUGUGAUAGGGGAAAUUGAGCUUGAGCUGCUGAUUGGCCCUGUACUUUUCCAAGCUGUGUUCCAGGUGUUAGAUAUACCAAGUGCUUUUAAUUUUCUGCUAGGGAGGCCGUGGAUCCACACAGCAGGCGCUGUUGCCUCCAACCUCCAUCAGAAAGUACGAUUUGUGGUGGACAACAGGCUUAUCACGGUCCAUGGAGAAUCCGACUUCAAGAUCUAUCACGAGACAGCCAUCCCCUAUGUGGAGCCAGAGUGUACCGAGGAAUCCAGCUUUCAAACCCUCGAGCUGAUAUCCAUGGUCCAUGUGCCUGUAGGGUCCUUCACAAAGGCUCCUAAUUUGUCUAAGCUGGCCAUAGCUGCCGGAAAGAUUAUGUUGGCAAAUGGGUAUAAUCCUGGAGAGGGCCUUGGAUCACACGGUCAGGGUGUGCGAAAGCCCAUUGAAGCUCAUAAAAACUCGAAGAGGAGAGGCCUAGGAUACGUUGAGGGGCGAGAAGAUCGUAGCGAGCAAGGUGGUCGUGGCAACCGAGGGGGCCAUGGAAGGCAGAGAGGCCGGAAUGCCCGAGGAGGUCGAGGUGGGUAUAGAGAUUGGAGUGAACGUAUUGCCCAAACCGAGGAGGGUGAUGGCGAUCAAGGCCCGUUUCAUCCGUUGUUGGAAGAAACGUUUCCAGGACCUCCAAGGAUGUUAUUCGAGGAAGAGGGGGACAUCUAUGGUGUGACUGAGCUAUUCGAGGAAAACGUCAUAUGUGCCAUCCUAGCAUGCGAGGAGGCUGAGUCCUCCGAAGUCAUGGUUGUCCCUUCAAAGCAUUACAUUAUGCAUAAUCAUAAUAAGGACGCAUAUGACUCGGACGUGCAUGAAGAAAGUCUCUCAGGUUCCGAUGACACUGACGAUGAUGAUCAGAAGGGGAUUGAACGCGAAUGGAAUCGAUAUGAAGGAUCGAAGCUGUUGACCGAAGAGCGAACAAUCACCAUAAAUUUAGGUGAUGCAGAGAAUGUCAGGGAAGUAAGGAUCGGGGCAUGUCUUUCAGAGUCAGAGGCGGAAAAGACGACUAAUCUUUUGAAAGAAUAUCAAGAUGUGUUCGCCUGGACAUAUGCCGACAUGCCGGGAUUGGACCUCGAAAUUGUGGAACAUGCUCUACCAACAGAUCCUGAUAUGCCACCCAAGAAGCAAAGACUCAGGAGAACUAAACCAGAAUUGUCCAAGAAGAUCUAA